GACCAAAGGUUGGUGCAGGGUCGAAGAGACCAUCAACCAGGUCGCCUGACCAUGAAAGGGUCUCUGAAUCUCCAUCCUCUCUAGCCUGCCUAGGGCUGGACCAGUUUGGCACUGCUAGAUAGCUAUAGCUAGCAUCGGUUCAUAAGGAGGUGUGAAGGCCAAAGGAAGCUCAGCAAGGAGACCUCAGACACCAAAGAGGAAGAAGAAGUGGCAGGAAGGUGAAGAAGCUCAUCAAGAUCUCUGAUGGAAGACGGCAGGGCUCUAAGGAGGAUGUCUAUCCCUACCCGCAGAAGCAGAUCUGCCGAUUUCCACAAUUUUUCAGAAAGGAGGAGACGUGAUAAGAUCAACGAGAAGCUGAAGGCGCUGCAAGAGCUACUUCCAAACUGCACCAAGGUCCACACGGACAAGGUGUCGAUGCUAGAUGAAGCAAUUGACUACCUGAAAUCGCUCCAGCUGCAACUCCAGAUGCUGGUGAUGGGGAAGGGGAUGGCGCCCGUGGUGCCUCCGGAGCUGCAGCAGUACAUGCACUACAUCACCACGGAUCCCGCUGCCCAGCUGAUGCAGAUGCCUCCCUCGGAGCCGCCGCGGCCGUUCCAGAUCACGCACGCCAACCCGCCGCAGCGGGAGUCGGAUUUCCUCAGCCAGAUGCAGAACCACCUCCACCCCUCCGACCAGCCUCAGAUCAACUUCCUCAGGCCGCCUAAACUGCAGCUCUACACCCCGGAGCAGAGGGGAGUUGUAGGCAGCAGCAGUGGCCACAACGGCGGCUGGAUCCCGGAGAGGAAUUCCUCCUACAACUUCAUGGAGUGAUGCAUGAGCUGCGUGAGCCACUGAUGAAGAGAUCAAUCGUAAGCAGUUUGCUAGCUAGUCCGAGAGAUUGUUUCUCGUCUCAGAGAGAGAAGUGCCCAAGGGGAAUGAUGAAUGUGAUGUAUGUAGUUAACUUGCUAGUUGUGUUUAAUUUCGUCAAAUAAAAAGAGGCUGUGUGAUCUUGCUUGCUC